AUGACGGAAGAGAAGAAUCACUCGAAGACAUCACAGCUCACCACCGAUGACGACAACGAAGACAACUGUCGACAGCCACAGAUUUACGCGAAGAACUCAAUCGACAGAUUCGGUGACGACUUGUGUGCACUUCUGUUGUCAUACUUUCCGCUCGAAGACCACAUCCGUUGCGAAUCGCUGUCCAAACAGUUCCGGCGGUCAGUCUUCGUGAGUCUUCGCGACAUUACUAUUGACCAUAAAAUUGGUAGAGUGCACGCCGCGUGCACGGAGUGUGUUGUGCUUGAUGUUUCUAUAUAG